AUGACAGAAGCUUUACCUAAGGGUAUCGUCUUAAAUUCCGAGCGCAUUAGUUCCGAAAUUGAAAGCUUUGGCGGUGUGGAUGCUCAGGAUCUCGCAAAGCUAUGGCGAGUCUACACCACCAACAGGUCUACGAUGAAAGCAGAUGAGGGAAGGCGGCUGGAAAAUCUGUUUUGGAGAAUAUGGAGCAACAAUUCCAUUCUACGUACUAUUAAAGCAUCCCGGAAAUCCUCGGUAAAUUCAACUCGGACACCGUUGCCGCCUCCUAUCUUAAAGAAGCCGCGACAACCAUCCAACGACGCUCAGCAAACCUCCAAUUCCUCUACGGUGGGCGCGAGUGAAAAUGUCAGAGGGGGCGACCCCUCUUUGUCCCCAUCCCCAAUAGCAGGCAUUGAAGUUUCUGUUGGGGAAUCAUCUUUGGAGAAACCGCGGAGGAAAAAGGCUACAUUUGCAACAAAUGUAACUUCCAUGGAAGCGGAGCCGGUGUCGAGGCGGACGAAAGCCUCCCAGCUGCCUUUGGAUCUCUCAUCUGCAAGACAUUCGCCUACCAAGACAAUCCGGGCCUUACCUGACAUGUAUGGUUCAUCAGCGCUUCUACAGCAGAAAUAUCCCAUAUCUGAUGAAUCCGCAAUAUCCAUAAGCCCAACCCCUACGACCAUUGUAAAGCCAAACCCCUGGCUAUCCCAAACUACCCAUCGACCAGGCCCAACGUCAAACCCCACAUCACACCCCGCUAUCAUCAAAUCUAUUCACAAGCAACAGACGCAGCAGCAGAAGCGGAGUAAUAGUUCCCCUAUCUCACAACAAACGCAACCAUCUACGAUCUCGCUAGUAGAAAAGGACUUCCGGGCGCGAUUUGUUGAAAAACAGCUACAGGAGUCGCGCAACUCGUCUUUCACUAAUUUAGGAAGCUCGCUACUAAACCGGGCGGAUAUUAAGGGGAGUGCUACAAUAGUCCCUAUAGCAAACACGGGCGUGACGCGUUCGCAAAACCUUCAAUCAUCAGCCGACGUAAAACCGGUUAAGGGGCUUCAUGCGGUCGACGGCCUGGGAAAGAUCCAGACAGGAGGAUCUUCGGGACAGAAGCAGCGCCCAUCUCAGGACAAUUACAACGGUUCUAACGGUGUGGUUGAGCAUGUAUAUGCGGAGGGCGGGAACGAUGAAGGGGAUUGGGAGGAUAUCGAUAGCGAUGAUGAUCGCUCCAAAACAAUUUUCCCAUCACAGCUACAGCUGCAGUCGCCAUUUCAGCAAGGAGGAGUUUCUACAUCCAGACCAUCUCUAAGUCAACAGCAGAGCCAGUUAAGCAAGUUGAUCGAGCAGGAAAGGAAGUUAAGUGCGACGAUGCAGAAAAAUGGGAAACACGUGUGA